AUGGUUUCCAUAGAAACGCGAACACUCAUCCUGCAACUGGUGAUGAAGUGCGCGGAUAUAAACAAUUCUGCACGACCCCAACGGUGUAUGGAGACGUGGGCGGCGAUGGUUAUGACCGAGUUCUUCAACCAAGGCGACCAGGAGAAGGGCCUGCAAAUCGAAGUCAGCAAGGGUUUUGACAGGGAGACCACCAGUAUACCGACAGUGCAAGCAGGGUUCAUAGGCUUCUGCGUGCAGCCGUUAUUUCAAGCUCUGGCCAAUCUAGUACCGUGCGACGCCACACAGCUCACUCUGGCGCUGUUAAGCGAGAACCUGGCUAGGUGGAAGGAGAGACAGGCCGAGGUCGCAGCCCAGAAAGCAGCCGAUAAUGCCUGA